GGCGCAGCGCGGGCGGUGUCGCGGCGGGCGGAGAGCGGCGGUCCCGCGGUGCAGAUCUCAGGCAGUAAUGGCCAGAGCUUUUGUAGGAAGAUCUGAACUCACAAGCAACCAAGAAUAACCACUGGAAUCUGUGGAGAGCAAACUGGGUUUGGGUCCACAUGGAACCUGAAUCAUCCAUUUGCUGCUCUGAGGAUUAAUUGGCUUCAGUUCCAGCACCAUGGAUGAACUGCAGGAUGUUCAGCUGACAGAGAUCAAACCGCUCCUGAAUGACAAGAAUGCAGCUCGCAACUUCCAGGACUUCGACUGUCAGGAACAUGACAUUGAGACAGCUUUUGGAGUGGUUCAUGUCACCAUGCGGGGCACACCCAAGGGGAACAGACCUGUCAUCCUCACAUACCAUGACAUUGGCCUCAACCACAAAUCCUGUUUUAAUGCAUUCUUUAACUUCGAAGACAUGCAAGAGAUUACCCAGCAUUUUGCUGUGUGCCAUGUGGAUGCACCAGGCCAGCAGGAAGGAGCCCCCCCCUUCCCGUCUGGGUACCAGUAUCCCAGUAUGGACGAACUGGCUGAAAUGUUACCUGCUGUUCUGACGCACCUGAACCUGAAAAGCUUCAUUGGGAUUGGCCUGGGAGCUGGUGCUUAUGUCCUCAGCAGGUGUGCACUCAGCCACCCCGACCUGGUGGAGGGACUCGUUCUUAUUAAUGUUGAUCCAUGUGCAAAGGGAUGGAUUGACUGGGCAGCAUCCAAGUUUUCAGGCUGGACAACCAACAUAGUGGAUAUUGUCUUGGCGCAUCAUUUUGGCCAUGAGGAACUGCAGGCAAAUCUAGAUUUGAUCCAAACAUACAGGCUUCACAUCGCACAGGACAUUAACCAGGAUAACCUUCAGCUGUUCCUCACCUCAUACAACAGUCGUAAAGACCUGGAAAUUGAGAGACCGGUUGUUGGUGUCAAUGAAACAACUGCAAAAACACUCAAGUGCCCUGCCUUGCUCGUCGUUGGUGACAACUCUCCUGCCGUGGAAGCAGUGGUGGAAUGCAAUUCACGUCUUGAUCCAACCAAAACAACCCUUCUGAAGAUGGCCGACUGCGGGGGCUUGCCCCAGGUGGUUCAGCCCGGCAAGCUGACUGAAGCCUUCAAGUACUUUGUGCAGGGAAUGGGCUACAUGCCGGCCGCCAGCAUGACCCGGCUGAUGCGCUCCCGCAGCCACUCCUCGUCCAGCGUGGGCUCCGGAGAGAGCAGCCGCAGCCGCUCCCACGCCAGCACCCACGGCGAAGGAAGUGUUGGAACCCCAGAAGGAAUUGACCUCCAGGUUGCACCUCAAACCAUGGAAGUAUCCUGUUAGGCAGGAGCCCCUCUUCUGGAUUUAGACAGCUCCACUUGCCCCACUGAACCCACUCAGAAUCUAGCAUUUUGUCCAACAUGGCAUUAACUGUUCUCUCUAACCUGUGCAUGCCCAUCCGAGCAGCCACCUCCUUGGUAGUCUGUACUUGGCAUUACUUUGAUCCUUUCUGUAUUCCCUUGGCAUCAGAACCUCUUUAAAACUCGUCGACAUUCCGCGGUCUUAGUAAGUCCCAUUACUGUACAUGCUGAUGCCACCUCCUGUCUGUGCUGUGUAUCAAUCCAGAUGACAGCCGUUGUCUCCCCUCUUCAUUUAAAUAUAAUUUCUGUGGCUUUGUGAGGUUUAGAAUUGCUUUCUAGUUGUGCUUCUGCUAAAGGACCCUUGUGGUGCAGUUGGUAUGGCAUCGGUGGGACGUGGGAAAGCAAGACCACAAGGAUGUGGCACUCCAGGUGUUGGAGCAGGCAGUGCUCUGUAUGGAGCUGUGCCUGGGGCACAGAGCCCACUGGAAGGUCUGUGUGUUCCCACAUGCCAGGCAGCCAUGAGAAAAACAAAUGGUCAGGAAUACUGUCUUGAUCUCAUCUGUGUGUGUGUUAAGAAGGAGCAGAGUGAUUUCAUACCUGAGCCUCCUGAAAGAGCAAAUAAUUUACCAGUAAACUUCCACUAACAAGGUGCACUAUUAACCAAGUACAAGGGAUUAAACUCCAGCAGCCCUGGCUCCCAGACCACCUCCACAACCCUCUGCUGACUUGGCAGAAGGGCAGGAUGCAGUGACAUGUCAUCACUGUUGUACGCUGGCACAGGUGAAUCUUUAACCUUGAGCAGGUUGUGAAAUGGGAAGCAGUGCCCCUUGCCAGGUGAAGAUCCCAGAAUCUCCUGCACUGCCAGCUCUGCCUCCCACUGCUGCUGCCCAGGCAGGGUCUGCACAGGGUGCAGUUACCUGAGGGCAGGAAUGUAAGUGACAGCCAGCAAUGACACAUUCCUGUGAGUCAGGUCGGAAGGGUGAGCAGUGAACACUCUAUGCAGGUACUACUUACUGUCUUUGUGGGAUUCACAAUUUUGCUGCCUUUUUACAGCUGGCCGGGUCACCAAGGGUCGGCAGCAGAUACCUGCUGCAUGCCAGGGUCUGGUGUUAAUGGGAGAAAAGGGAUGAGUGGUCAGGCUGCUGCAGGUCUUGAUGGAUGAGCAAAACAUCCUUUCCUCACUGCUAACCAGCCCUGACCCUCUGGGAGCCAGCUCCUCCCAGGGUCACGCUCACAUUCUGCUCCAUUUCAGGUAGGGAAUGGGACUGGGAGGCUCCGCCUGAGGGGAACUUUGUACCAGUUAUUGAAUAAAGCUAUAACUAACUGAGUUUCAUUGUUA